GCAAACCCGACAGGAAAAGUUCCGUCGCAUAUCCGCCAACCAAAAAGCACAUCAUCGCCGCUGUUGCACCGAAUGCACUCGAACCACGCGCACACGGUCCCCGAUCCAGUUUCUCAACAGCGACAACAACAACCCACAGAAAAGAGCCCCAAAAUCAUGUCCUCGGCCAUCGCCAUCGGCGCCGGCGUCGCAGUCGCCGCCUUCCUGGGCAGAGCAGGCCUCGUCGCCUGGCGGCGCUCGCGCGGCGGCGUGGGCGCGCUCGGCAAGGCCUUCUACAAGGGCGGCUUCGAGCCGCGCAUGACCCGGCGCGAGGCGGCGCUGAUCCUGUCUCUCAACGAAAGCAGCAUUACCAAGGAGAAGGUGCGCAAGGCGCACCGCACGCUGAUGCUGCUCAACCACCCGGACCGCGGCGGCAGCCCGUACCUGGCGACCAAGGUGAACGAGGCGAAGGAGUUUCUGGAGAAGAGCGUGUCGUCAUGAUGAUGGACCCGGCGUCACAGCACGACUGAGAUUGACGACGAGGGCGGCGGCGGCGGCGGCGGCGGCGACGACGGGAUGGUGGUCCUUGUCUCUCUCCUACCUCCUUCAUCGAGAGCGCGGGGUAGGGAAUGAGGGCGCCAGAGAAGAAAGAGGAAGGUAGUAAGGGGACGACGGCAGCUUGGGCCGCGGAUCUGGCGGAAUCUGGUUGAUGGUAGGAGGUGCGAAGCGGCGGAUACAACGACACGAGACCAACUCUCCGCGGUCGCGGUGGUUGAUUUUGACGCUGUUCGGCCUGCCGCUGGUGCUCGGACAUGUACAACACAAGCGUGCACACACGCACAUUAUAGCAUUGGCGUUCGGGUUGGGAAUGGCUUGGCUUGGGUUGGGUUGGAAUCGGGUGGAUUUGGGAUGUCAUCUCUCAACCAGACGAGCCUCGCUGGGAGGCUACGGCACGAUGUAUUAUCGAGGGUUAUUACCCCGUCAUCCGGUUGGGAUUCGACAUGAAUCUCGGCGUGGAAAGAAACUUAGAGCAUGACGGAUUGCAAGCAGAACCCGGCGCACGCGUGGGCGACUCCGCUCUAAU